AUGUCCGGCGUCUCUGUUGCACCUGCUGCCAAUGCUCACUGUGCUGUUCGCUCGCAACAGACCAAGCGCGAUGCUGCUGCCCGACUUGCUGUUCGUAGUCACCUGCCGUCUGCUGAGCGCGCGCACUUUGGCCAAUACAAGACCGCUAGGACUCUGUACGACGCUGUUGUUGCGCGCUACUCUUCCCCUGCCACUGCUGCCCUUAGCUGCCUCACGCUGUCGUACCUGGACCACUUCCUCUCCCUUUGCCCCACCACGCUCACCGUUGACCUCCUUGAGGAGCGCCUCCUUGCAGCUGACAAGAGUAUAAUCGCUGUAGGAGCCUCUCGUGGUGACCCUCGUGCCUCUUUCUUUGAGGGGUGCUCCCUCGUUCCCCUUUUGCCUUCUGUUGCCUCUGCUACUGCUGUCGACCUCGUUGGCAACGAGUCGGUCGACGCUGCGUCUGCUCCUAGUGGGAGGCGCCACAGCGGCAAGAGCAAGGGGGGAGGUGGGGGUGGUGGCGGAGUGGGGGCUUCGGUAGCGGAGGUGGGGGUGGAGGCGGCGGCGGCAGCGGCAGUGGAGGUGGCGGUGGUGCUGGUCAAAGUGGCGCUAUGCAGCGUGGAGGCUUUGGUGGUGGCCACCGCCAGCAGAAGCAGCGUUCUCGUGAGACCCUGUCGCCCCAGGAGCUUCGUGAGUGGUACGCUGGGCGUGGGAGGUCUGGGGGUGCUGGUCCCUGGGCUUACAUUCUCCGCACCGUCGAGCGCAGUGGGGAGACGUGCGGAGGGCCGCACGCCACGCAGCGCUGUCUUGUCGGGGGUUGCUGUCUUUGAUCUUGAUUAUGAUGCUAUCCUUGCUGCUAUGUAUGCUGUGUCUAUUAGUGCUGAGGGUGACUGUUACCUGUGUGUUCCGCCCGACCCGGGCAUUGAGGCUGCUGCUCUAGGUGCUGGUCAGUCUGCUGCCCCAGGUACUGGUGAGUCUGCUCUCUAA